AUGGACUAUGAAAAGCCAGAGGCGCUGAAUCCACAAAUCUAUCAUCAUACCGUUACCGGCCAUCAGAGUCCGCAGCCAGAUGGCGAGGCUACGCUUCACAACUUUGAUGAGCCGGCUGCUCCCGAGGGCAGGCGCGAGCUCCGUGGUGACAGCCUUUGGCGAGUCCUCCAUGAGCGGCACAUCAAUAUGAUCGCCUUCUCUGGCACCAUCGGGAAUGGGCUGUUUUUGGGUUGCGGAAGAUCGUUGGCCAGCGCCGGACCUGGUGGUGCCGUCGUGGCCUAUAUACUCAUGGGAACUGUCAUAUCGUCCGUCAUUAGCUGUUUGGGCGAAAUGACGGCCCUGAUGCCUGUCAACGCCCCAGUCAUGGAGUUCCCCCGCCGCUUUGUUAGCCGCGGAGUCGGCUUUGCCGUCGGUUGGAUAUACUGGUUUGCCUAUGCCGUCCUUGCGGGGGAACAGCUAGUCGCUGUGUCCAACGCCAUCAAGUUCCGGUACGACGACGGCAAGACCCUCCUGAACUGGGAAGUUGGCGAACGUGUCGACAAUGCCGUGUGGAUCUCGGUCUUCCUGGUCCUCGUCGUGACCUUCAACAUGUUCCCUGUUCGGGUGUUUGGCGAACUGGAGUACAUAUUUGGAUGCCUCAAACUUGUCUUUAUCACUACCCUCAUCAUGAUGAUGUUUCUGCUGUCCGUCAUCCGACCCCGUGGGGAUGCGUAUUAUACAGAGCCAUUGGGAACUCGCUUUUGGAAUGACCCUUAUUCAUUCUUCAAUUCGGUCUACAACGCCAGAACCGAGAAUGGCAAGAUCAGCCACGUCAUGACCGGCUCGCUUGGCACUCUCCUCGGUGUCUGGACGACAUUCACCGGCGUCCUAUUCUCCUACAUCGGAAUGGAUAUCGUCGCCGCCACCGCAGCCGAGAGCCGAGCACUCGCCGACGUGGAGAGCAUGAAGAUGGCAGCACGCAAGAUUAACCUGCGCAUCAUCACGCUCUACACACUCGCGGUCCUGACGGCGUCCUUCGUCGUGCCGACCGACCACCCCUUCAUCAACGGCCACGCCACGUCCGUGAGUGCCCGCUCCGUCUUCAUCAUCGCCGCCGUCGAGGCGGGUCUGCCCAAGGCGGCCCACUUCUUCAAUGCCGUCUUCUGCUUUUCGGCGUUUACGUGCGGCAUCAACUCCAUGUACAUCGCCACGAGGGUUCUCCAUACCUUGGCCCUGCGGGGGCAGACGGGUCCCGAGUUCAUCACGAGGCGCCUGCGGGCUUGCCGCUCGGGCGUUCCUGUAAGGGCCGUACUGGCCACGGGCGCUCUGAUGAUGGUGGCAUACAUGGGUCGCACUGGUGAUCCUGGCGCUCGACUUGACGAGCUCGCAAACAACUGCACCGUGUCAUGCCUCGUAGUCUACGCGACCAUUUGUGCAACAUAUCUGUACUUCUUCAGAACGCUUGAGGACGCUAAGCUAUAUGGAAACAUGUCGGAGUCGCAGGCAGCGAGCUACGACCGCGACCAUCCUUUGUACCCAUACAAGUCCCACGGCCAGUGGCUGAAGGGCUGCUACGGCCUGGUGGCCUGCAUCAUCUUGAUUCUUUUCAACGGCGUUGGUGCGUUUAUUGAGCCUUUCAACAUUCGCAAGUUUUUGCCAACCUUCUUGAUACUCAUCCUAGGAUACAACCUCCGCAAGCACGGCUUGAGGUUCCCGGACUGGUGGGCAGAUAAAUCCGGUGAUCUGAGCAACACCGUCCAGGCGUCGAGCCUCCGGCGGAAGGGGAGGCUGGAGUUUCCAGAUAAUGGCUUUACGAGGGAAAACGUGCUGACCUUCCUGGGAUGGAUUUGGGUGUGGUGUAAGUAA